CAAUUGCUUUUGAUGGCAAUGGAUGUCUUUCAAAUUCGAUUAGACUGUAUCGCUUUGGUCAAAAAGAUAAAUGCAUCUCAACAAGCGAUAGCAAAAGUGGUGGAUUUUGCCGUUAAAUAUGCUUCUGUAGCAGCAGAUGACGUUUGGGAUUGCAUCAUUACAGAAUGCGAAAAAGCAUCUUUGAAUACCAAGCUAAACAUAUUGUUCUUGCUUGAUGCUCUUUUGCUCAGUAUUGUGGAUCCUGUUGGUUAUUCCUCCUUUUCGGAUCCAGGCUCAAGCUCUACCAAGCUGGAAGGUUCUUCGUCAUCAAAUUCAUCAAUCACAGCCUCAACAUAUUUGACCUUAGCAUCCCGAGAUCUAGGUAGGAUUGUGCAUAGCGUUGUACCAAAAGAAGAUUGGGAUGCCGUUCGAAUGAAUGCGACAGAUACGCAAAAGGUACUUUCAUCAUGGAAACGAGUAGGAAUGUUUGAUUUGGCAGGAAUAGAUGCGAGCAUUCAUGAACUCCAAAUUCGUAAAGAAGCUCUCUCUAAACUUCCUUCCUCUUCUCAUACUCGAUUCUCAAAGCAAGAUACAUUGAGAAGAAUAGAAGAAGAUCGAGAGCGGCACAAAAGAUUGAGGGAGCGAGUUUGGAUCUUACCAGCAAAAUCAUUCGCAGAUGCUGUUCCCCAAAGGGCCAUUCCUGCAAGCAAUAAGCCUGCUCUCUCAUCUGCAAAGAAGAUAGAAGGAGCAAAAGCUGCAUCAUCUUCCACGACAAAGCCUGAUGCUUUGAACAUAGAGUUCGAUGAUAUGUGGGAAAGUGUAAGCGAUUUAAAUGAAGAUGAUUACGACAAGAUGCAAGAUAUCGAUCGAAAAUGGUGGGGUAGCGUACCCUUUCAUGAGAAGCAGCUGACGAUGGAGAAGGAAAGAUUGGUAGCAAAUCAACCAGAUGUGACGAUUGAGCAAGAUGAUGAAAGGAAGCGAAGACGCUCGACCGAAUUAGAGGAACAAACAACGCCAAAACGCAAAAAUGACCAGGACGAUGAGAGGAAGGAUUAUUCUGAUCGGAAAUCGCGUGAUGAUAGACCACCACCCAACAGAUGGCGAAAGAUUGGGCCAUCGCAUCAUUCAGAGGGGGACAAUAAAUCUUCAACAUCAAGAGGUGGAUCGUAUGAGAAUAAUUGGAAGAGAAGGAAUAACAAUCAAAAUAGGAGAAAUCGUUGGUAAUCAAACACAUGUACUUUAUUCACUGUAUUAUUCUAUCAAUGUAUCAUUUAAAGGAA